UUUCCUCUGUUUACUUUGUAGGUAUGGGUCAUGUACUGAAGUACAGUCAUUUCUGUUCAUAUUUUCACGAUCCUUUACAUCAACGACAAUUAAAGUUCACGUUAAAUAAGCACCCCAUUUCUUCACAGACUGCCACAUAAGCUCUGUUUUCACUAUGUUCUAAAAUAUAAAUCCUAUUGACACUAAUCACGGAUGACUGAAUUUCGGUGAACAGUUAGUCCCCGUGAUGCAAUACGUUUAAAUACACAAAAUGCGUGUGUGUUGUGUUUAGGAUUUAUGAAAUACACAACUAUUUAAAAUCCCUGUACACAGGACUGUUAUGAGAAUGGACUGGUCGUGUCAUGUACUCCUAUUUGUGACCUUUUAUGUAAUAGGUACUGAAGCUGCAUGUUCAGACAGAAACUGCACAGAUUUCUGGACAACAACAUCCUCGCCUGCUUUUACCAGUACCACAUCCGAUGAUAAAGAUUUUAGUUCAGUAUGGUCUACAUACCAGGUUGCAUUCUUUUUCGGUGUGUUUGUUCUGAUUCUGGGUAUAUUGUGUGUUAUUGUGGUCAAACGUAAGGCAGCCUUGAGAAAUCAUUCACAACAACAGCAAGAACGACAGUGCGGAUUGAUGACUGCAGCUAUUUACGACAUCCUAUCUCAAAGUCAACGCGCAACAAUCACAGAUGUAGAGGCCAACGAGAUUCCAGAAGUCGUACAUCCGGUAAAACCACCGUCAUAUGACGAAGUCACAAAGGAGUCGUCUCCACCUCAGGCUCCCCCACCAUCUUACAGAGAAAGUCUUAUACAGUCGCUCAAUGAGUAUCCACAACAUUUCUGUCAACACCCCAAGUACUAGAAAAUUAGCAUGACAUUCUGUAAAGCAUGCAAACUGUUAUAUGCUACUGAGUUAAGGUUUGAAGUUGCCAUAAGCUAAAAAUGUAUUUAUAUAAUCCCUGUUGGGUUAAUGACACUCUUAUAUCACUACCUGUACACCGAUGUAGCUUAAAUUAUUAUACUCAAAAGUGUCACUGCCGUGUGUUUGCGUGUGUUAAGGAUAUAUCACUAGAUAUCACUAUAUCGCAGUUCAUCACACUAAAGAAAUUUAUCACAGUUCACGUGUUAUAAUCACUCUUUGUGGAUUCUGUUUAUCACAGUCCACGUGUUAUAAUCACUCUUUGUGGAUUCUGUGGAUUCGCAGUUUCAUAAAAUAUGUUCGCCAUCUAUGACCGAAAAUGUGUUUCGUUAUAUUUAGACUAGCUUUGAUCUGGUACAACAACGACAACCACUGAAAUCAACGCAACCAAGUAAAGAUGAUGAAAACACAGUAAAAUUGUUAAUGCAAUGUUUUGAGUAAUCAAGGAAGUAUACAAAAAAAUAAAUUUCAAUGUUGAAAGUACCGGUACAACCGUAAAUGAACCGAUACGCUUUACGUCAGCUUACUCAGUACUCCACGAAGCGCUUUUUAAAACACCAUGACAAGAUUACUACGCGUAGCCAUAUCCCCCACCGCUGCAACAAAGCUGAAGCACAAAGUUCCAUAACUCCAGUAAAAUGUGUCGAAUCAACAUGACGGCGCAGUAUGAUCAACUACAUAUGGUAGUUAACUAGCCUACAAAAUUUGAACAAAAUCCGUUGAGCAGUUUUAGGGGAGUUGCGUCCACAAAGUCAAGUGAGACAGAGGGACGCACGGACACCGGUAUUUCUGGGGGACGCACGGACACCGGUAUUUCUAUGCCAUUCCGCGUUGCGGUGGAGGACAAGAAAAACUGGCUUAAAAAUGAUGUAGUGAAUUCCUUUAUCUAUAUUACAAACAUGAAUUUUCUUAUAUCUUCGUUUUUCUUUAUUUUCUAUCGGAAUUCCCAGUCGUGAGAAUUCACUUACUUUAUCAAUCAAGAUCCAUACGCACAUUGUUCGCAUUCAUGAGGAAAUGACUAUCAUUUCAAUUCGUUAAAAUAUCAAAGGCAAAAGCAAUGGAAAUGAAAACAUUGUAAAAUAUCCAUUCGAAUAGCCUUCGAAAACGUCAAGCGCAAUGAACUUUUAUUUUCUACACCGGGAUAUUGUUACGUAACUAGCAAUAGCAUUGUAGUGGUGUAUUACCCGCAAUGUUUCUCAUUGCUACGUAACUAGCAAUAGCAUUGUAGCAUUACAUUACUAGCAAUGUCUCUCAGAUUUAGCUAUGUUUGCGUGCGCUGAUUGUUCCGAUUUCUAUUGUCCAUUACAAAUGUCAUGUUUGUCUGUUUUUAUGUUAGUGAUGUUUGUAGGUUAAUAUGUUAACAUGUAGAAUAUGUAUCACUAUUUUGUAAUAUGUUAUACAUGAUUAAUUUAUAUAAAUUUUAUUUUCCUUAUUAAA